UUUUCUUCCUGGAAUUCUGCAGUGGCGAGAUGGGUUUACCUGGAAACGCGUACCAUAUGUGGCAGGCUCAAACAAUUGGAAGGGCAAGGAGGUUAGGUGGGUUAAAGUUGAUCGUCAGUAGUAAUAACUUGUACACAGUUCUGGGAACAGGAUACAGCGAUCUUAAAUUUUCGUUCGCGUGCAAGGCGCCGUCAGAACUUCAACCGCAGAGGGGACCGCAAAAGCAGCGAGAGAUCUUUCAAACGUCUGUCUACUAUAGUCGUCCCGCGUCUCAAUUGAAAGGCUGUCAAAAGCGACCGACCGAAACCUUCGGAGACGACCCGGUUUCGCCGUCGUUAAAUAACGAGCAGAGUUUAUGGGACUGUCAAGUCAAGUCGUCUGACAACCCUGUGCGUGUCGGGCCUGAUGCGUGGGCUGGUCCGUAGAACCCCUGCCAUAUUUCUUCUCGACUCUUCUACUAAGCUGGCACAGGAGCCAAACUCUGAGGCGGGUUGCUUACAUUCCCCGGUGCAGCGGUAAGCGUUAUGAAAUGCGUGUGGCUCUAGUGGCUCACCGGCUCUCAAGGGGACCCACUGAUGACCUUCAACUUGUUUCCUGUGCCAAGACUCUGAAGUGGCCAACUUUUCCUGCCUUCCUGACCCACAUUUGUGAGUGUGUCACUUCAAGGACUUGUUAAAACGUUGUGCGGUGACGUUAAGGAGGAGUAGGGAUACCCUAACAUGACCGCCGGGACUCCCUCGCCCACUCGCUCGGUGGAGACCGACGCCAGCACCGAGCUAGAUUUACAGCGGAUCGGUAAGACCGUGCAAACUUUACACGCGAGCUGCUGGUACUGGGAAGCAUUGUCGGGGAAGCAGGCGAAGACUAUCCUCCGUUCUCAGGAGGUAGGGACGUUUUUAAUACGAGACAGUGAGAACUGUGCCUUUCUGUUCAGCCUGAGUGUGAAGACUACCCGAGGGACAACUAGCGUCCGGGUUCAGUACAAGAACGGGCAUUUCAAGUUGGACUCGGACGUCAACUCGGAUACGCCGGAAUUUGACUGUGUCCUGAGACUCAUAGACUACUACAGGAGGGACUCUUUACGCGGAGGGGAGAAACAUUACUGGCUGGAGCCGUCGGGGAGAAGAGAAGUCGUGGUGAAGCUGCUCAAACCAUUGAGACACUCCGUGCCAAGUUUGCAGCACCGCUGCCGAACACUGAUAAACCUCUACACGUCUAAGGACGACAUAGGGCAGCUUCCCUUACCUCCAGCGCUCAAACAAUUUCUCAGGGACUAUCCGUACAGUUACUGAACAGUUAACGCAGAGGAAAAGGACUGAAGGCUUCCAAGAUGUUGCACGAAGGCAAAAGUGAAAGUUGUAAAUUUCCUUCCUUUGGGUGUGUGUUUACUUUACACAGUGGCACGGGUAUCGUUCAAAGUACAAUGGCGACGUUGUUAUUGCUGGACACGCUCCAGCGAGUUUUCGGAAGAUUUCCUCUUUGCUGAUGAAUUUGUAAGGAAAGUACGUGAAUGUAUACGUACGUAUAUACGUAUGUGGGGAGAUUAUGUAAAAGCUUAUACGUCAACCGUCUUGCUAUCGACAUGAUUGCCUUUUAAGUCUUCUCGAAAUCGUACUUACGCAAUUGAACGUGCGCAGUGAAAUGUCAGUAAUAUGAAUGUACCGUAUGAUAUGUAAACGUAAUAUAUGAAACCUUUUCUUGA